AUGGCUGAAGCACUUGUUGCUGGAGCUUUUCUCUCUGGCUUCAUCAACGUUGUUUUUGAUAGGUUCAUUUCUUCUGAGUUUGUCAACCUGGUGGUGGGGAAGAAGCUGAAUCGACAGUUGGUUGAGAAGAUGAAGACUGCUCUCUUGGCUGCUGAAGCUCUGGUCGCCGACGCGGAGCAGAAACAGUUUGGAAACGAACUUGUGAGGAAAUGGCUUGAUAGUCUCAGGGAUGCUCUCUACACUGCUGAUGACUUGCUGGACCGUGUCUUAAUCAGAGCUGAAAUUCGCAAGAAGGUACGCAUUCAUCUUCCUUGCUCCCUUAAUUUGUAUAAUAGGAAGAUGGCGAUUAAGAUAGAAGAUGUGGUAAAAAGAAUAGAAGAUCUUGAGAAACGCAAAGAUAGCCUUGGUCUCAAAGAGAUUCCAACGGGAAGCUCCUCAUGGAGACCUCCAUCCACUUCUCUUGUGAAGGGGAAUGUGUUCGGCAGGGAUGGUGACCAACAGGCACUAAUCAAGAUGCUCAAUGACAACAAUCAUCAUAACUUGUCCGUCAUCUCUGUUGUUGGUAUGGGCGGUGUUGGUAAAACUACUUUAGCACAAUGCCUCUACAACAACAAGGAUUUGAUGGACGGGGUUGAUCUGAAAGCAUGGAUUUGUGUUUCUGAAAAAUUUGAUGUUGUUGAGACUACAAAGAAUGUUAUAAAGGGGAUCUCUUCGGGUGUUUGUAGUCUUGACAGCUUUGAUUUACUUCAACAAGAUUUGAAGAAAAAACUCUCUGAAAAGAAGUUCUUUAUUGUUUUGGACGAUGUUUGGAGUGAAGAUGCUGACAUGUGGAAUAGUUUUAUUGUCCCUUUCCAACAUGGGAGAAAAGGAAGCACUAUUCUUCUAACUACCCGCAAGGAAAAUGUUGGUCCGACCGUCCAAAAUUAUAGCUCUUACUCUCUCAAGGGACUGUCAAAUGAUUUUUGUUGGUCUAUUUUUGCUUACAAUGCAUCCUUUCCUGAAUCAAAUGGGAGCUCAGAACUGGAAGUAAUUGGUAGAAAGAUUGUUGAAAGGUGUGAUGGCUUGCCAUUAGCGGCAGAAACACUUGGACGCUUGUUGCGCUCAAAGCAUGAUGCUGGGGAAUGGAAUAAAAUACUAUCCAGUGAUAUUUGGCAAUUUCCUAUGACAGACAGUAAGAUCAUUCCUGCAUUGUUAAUAAGUUACUAUCAUCUGCCUGCUCAUUUAAAACGUUGCUUUGUUUAUUGUUCAUUAUAUCCCAAAGAUUAUAAACUUGAUAAAGAUGAAUUAAUCUUACUGUGGAUGGCUGAAGAUCUUUUAAAACCACCAAGGAGGGGACAGACUCUAGAAGAAGUUGGUGGUGAGUGUUUUGAUGGCUUGGUUUCAAGACUAUUCUUCAAGCAGAACGAUGUCGAGAAGUAUUUUGUGAUGCAUGAUCUCAUACAUGACUUGGCAACUUUUCUUGCUGGAGAUCUUUAUUGUAGAUUUGGUGAAAAAGAAGAGAUGAGUAUUCUAACUCGGCAUUUGUCAUACAAUCAUUCAAUCUCUGAGAAAACAUGCUCCUCUAGCAAAAUAGAAUCUUUGAGGACAUUAUUGUAUAUCAAUGAUUGGUCUUAUUACGAGAAAGCACCCGCAACAUUACCACGUGACAUAUUGUCAAAGAAUAAAUACUUGAGAGUUUUGUCCUUUGGUAGACUCGAUAUAUUUCCUGAUUCAAUAGAUAAAUUGAUCCACCUGCGCUAUUUGGAUCUUUCUUGGAGUAAUAUUGAGGUAUUGUCCGAGUCAUUGUGCAAGUUGUAUAAUUUACAAACUUUAAAGUUAGAAGAUUGUUCAAUGCUGACUAUGCUACCCAAUGGCAUGUAUAAGCUUCUGAAUUUGCGGCAUCUUGAUAUAAGGGGUACUUUUCUGAAAGAAAUGCCAAAAGGAAUGGGCAAAUUAAAACAGUUGCACAUUUUAAGCAACUUUGUGGUGGGAAAGCAAGAAGACAAUAGAAUGGAAGAGUUAGGAGGGCUUUUAAAUCUUCAUGGAUCACUUAUGAUUCAGAAAUUGGAGAAUGUGGUUGAUGCAAAUGAGGCAAGGAGUGCAAGGGUAAUAGAUAAGAAGCACAUUGAGGAGUUAUUGUUGAAUUGGUCUGUGUCUUCAGGUGAUGAUAUGGUUUCAAACACACAUACUGAUGAACAAGAUAUACUUGGGGGCUUGCAACCGCACACUGGCUUGAAAAAGUUGACUGUUUUUGGAUACAAAGGUAAAAUAUUUCCAGACUGGAUUGGGCAUUCCUUGUACCAAAACAUGACAAGUGUAUCUCUACAAUAUUGCCGGAAUUGCUGCGUGCUGCCUUCACUUGGACAGCUGCCAUCUCUAAAGUCCCUCCGCAUUGAAAGGUUUGAUGAGCUGAAGAGCAUUGGCAAGGAGUUUUACAAGAAUGAAGGCCAUCAACAUUCUUCGCUUAUUGCACCGUUUCCCUCAUUGGAGACAUUGGAAUUUGAUCAGAUGACAUCUUGGGAGGAGUGGCAUUUACCUGACUCGGAAGCCUUUCCUCAGCUAAAGAGGCUUCAAAUAAGACAUUGUCGAAUGUUAAAGGGAGAUAUGGUUAAUCAGGUAUUAAUGAGAAUCGUUUCUUCCUCAUCGGAUGUUUCCAAAGUGCGCCAACUGAAAAUACGAGAACAUCGUCCACGAUGGAUUAAAGAGAUGAGACUUGAUGGGGAUAGGUUAUCAAUUAGAGGAUUUGAAUGUGUGGCGGAGUGUGCAUUUAAGGCAAGGAUCAUCCACCAUCUAACUUCCCUCCAAGAAAUAGAAAUCUCAGGGUGUGUGUCUGUUGUAUCCUUGGGGGGCAAUUGUUUACCCAAAUCUUUGCAAAAGCUCACAAUCUCUCGUUGCCGCCAAACUGAAUUACUCCAGCAACAACACAAGUAUGAUUUGGUACAUCUACAAAUAUAUAAAAGCUGUGCUUCACUGACCUCAUUGUCAUUGGAUGCCUUUCCCAAUAUCCAGAAUCUGGAGAUAAAAUGGUGUUCAAAUCUGGAAUCAGUUUCAAUGUCAGAGCCACCACACGCUGCUCUUCAACAUCUCACCAUCUCUAACUGCCCCCAGUUUGUGUCAUUUCCCCAAGAAGGACUGGCUACACCCAACUUGACUCAUCUCCAUGUUAGCAGGUGCUCGAAGUUGGAGGCAUUGCCAAAUUUAGAGUCUCUCGACAUAGCAGGUUGCCCAAACAUUUGCAGGUGGCCAGAGGGUGGUUUGCCGGCUAACCUGAAAGAGCUUAGGAUAGGAGAAUGCAAGGAACAACUGAGAGGUCUAUCAUGGAUGGGCAACUUGGACAACCUCACUCAUCUCACCAUCUCAGAUUGUGAUGGCUGGGAGAGCAGAAUAAAGUCAUACCCAGAGGUGGGUUCGCUGCCUCGCCUUCCCUCCCUUACCACUCUACAUCUCUUCAACUUUAACACUCUGGAGACAUUGGAGUGCAACGAGCUUCUCCGCCUCACCUCCCUCCAAGAAUUACACAUUUCAUGGUGUGAUAAGCUGGAGAAUAUUGCAGGAGAAAAGCUGCCUCCCUCUCUCUUACUACUUCAACUUGACGGCUGUGGUUUGCUGGGCGAACACUGCAAGAACAAGCAUCAACAAGUUUGGUCCAAAAUUUCCCACAUCCCCACCAUUAUAGUUUAUUUCUAA